AUGAGCCACCAUAAAGCAAUGUUUUAUCUGUUUCUUAUAUUGGUAACAAUGAAAAUAUGUUACGGUGGAGGGGCAUUCAAUUGUGCUAAAUAUGGUAAACCUUGUGGUACUGCUAAAGAAUGUUGUGGUUUUGAUUAUGAGCCUAAAUGUGUUCUUUGCUAUCCUCGUUAUCUUUUUUUUGGCACUAAAAUUUGUGGUCGUCCUAAGCAUGAUCCUCCUGGUGGGAAAAGUUGUCAUCGAGAAGAUCGUCGUUAUGGUUGUGGCGGCGAUGGUUAUCGUUGUGGUCGUAAAUGA